GUUUAAAACAAAAUAGAAAAGUACUGUUAUCAUCGAUGAUUCAUUAGCUACAAUAAUUAAGAUGACUUUGGAAACAUAUUUUAUUACACAAAAUGUCUAUUUAGAUGUCAAAUUGUUAAGAGAUGUUCUGGAUUGAGUAUAGAUAACCUGGGGUUGGAGAACCUUGAACUAUCAUCGAUGUUUAUGAGAUCGCCUGGAUUAUAAGUUAAUGUGAAACAUACGCAUCAGAGACAGGAACACACGAUUGACUGAAGAAAUUCUUUAAAUUAACCGAUGAUAUAAUCAAAAUGAGUCUGAAACAUUUAACUACUGGAUCAAUUGCCCCGCCCACUGUACCUGGAAAAAUACGUUUGUAUAGCAUGAAAUUUUGUCCGUAUGCCCAAAGAAUUCAUCUAGUAUUGGACGCGAAACAUAUACCACACGAUGUUGUUUACAUAAAUUUAACAAAUAAACCUGAAUGGUUACUAGAGAAAAGUCCUUUAGGCAAAGUUCCUGUAAUAGAACUGGAAGAAGGAAAAACAUUGUAUGAAAGUUUAGUGAUUGCUGAAUAUUUGGAUGAUGCAUAUCCACAUAACAAACUUUACCCUACUGAUCCUCUAGCCAAAGCUAAGGACAAGCUAUUAAUUGAUAGAUUUAACUCUGUUAUAAAUACUAUGUACAAGUUAUUAUAUACAAACCGUGAUGUAUUUGAUGAAGUUUUGUCAGAAUUAGAAUUUUUUGAAAGGGAACUUGCAUCAAAAGAAACACCGUUCUUCAAUGGUAAUUCCCCUGGCAUGUUGGAUUUUAUGAUAUGGCCAUGGUGGGAAAGGUCUGAUGUAAUUAGAGUUCUAUAUGGAGAUCAGUUUUCUAUACCACGUGAUAAAUUCAAGAGGCUGUUGGAAUGGAAAUCUGCCAUGAAAGAAAAUCCUGUUGUUCAAGCUAGUUAUUUAGAUACUGAAGUACAUGCUAAGUACAUGCGAAGUCGUCGUGCUGGAACGCCACAAUAUGAUUUUAACUACUAAUUGAAUAAACUGAGGAGUUAAUAACUUCUUAUAUCCUUGAAUAUAAACGUUCAUAAAUUAAUAUAUAUCAAAGUAUAUCAUUAUUUAUAAAUUGUUGCUAAUAACUGAGUGACUAUUAUGAAUGUUGUAAAUUUGUUGCAAACAUAAUAGAUAUAAGUUUUUGUUUCUUUUACCAUUUAUGUAACAACUAUGAUAAUCAAAUUUUAUAUUAUAAAUCUAUUUACGUAUUGUAAAUAAAAUAUAUUCUCAUAUUA